GGUUCCUGGUAUGACCAUGUAGAAGGAUGGUGGGAGGCAAAAGAUAAGCACCGUAUUCUCUACCUCUUCCAUGAAGACAUGAAGGAGAAUACAAAGAAAGAAAUUCAGAAGAUUCUGAAGUUCCUGGAGAAGAAUGUGAAUCAGGAAGUUCUAAACAAGAGACUUCAUAACACCUCAUUUCCAAUAAUGAAGGAAAAUCCUAUGCCAGACUAUACUACAGAGUUUCAAGGAAUAAUGGAUCUCUUUGCUUCCCUGUUCAUGAGACAAGCAGUUGUCAGGGACUGGAAGAAUUAUUUCACUGUGCCACAGAAUAAGAAAUUUGAUGAAGACAAAAACGGCUGA